GAAAAACUGUAAUGUGCUAGUCGACAUCAUAAACCUGAUCAUUUUUCAAUUGAAGCGUAUAAUAAUUUUAGCGCAUAAUUUCACUUUUUUUGCACAUUUUGUGUGAACAAAACUAUUAUAAACAACUCCUCCUUCUUCAAAAAAAAAAUCACUGAAUACUUCUCUUCUCGAUCCAAAAGAGAAAAUGGCGUCACAAAACAAAAACGAUAAAAUUCUUGUGGCUGAUUUACCCAUGAUGUGGCCUAAAGAUUUUUUACGCUUUGAGGUAGAAGGUGGUGUGUGGGGUCAACAAAUGCGACAGCGGCGCCGUCAGCUAACCUUUUCCCUUUCUGUUGGGGCGCUUUCAACAGUACUUGGAUCGAUGUACACCUCCCUACUUCGAAAGAACACCAUUUUUGUUCUCUUUUCUACAUUUAGCGGCUUUACGAUCCUUGGCUUCUGUAUUGGUAUUGGAUCAGCUCGUAUUUUGUAUGAAGAUGUGGCCAGUAAUACAGAAACCUCAAUGAUGCGGCGGGUUUGGUGGGCGAAGGAGUGCGCGAAGCACUGGGACUACUCACAAGUGGAUGCACAAACCUGGAAUGCGAAAUAUCCCAAGGUACAGUGCCCGAAAAAUGCAAUUCAGUAG